AGAAAAUCCAUAGUCACGGAUAUUGAUUCAGACAAGCACGAUGUUCGCUUUGGUUCUGUUAGCUUUGGUUGCUCAAGCUUUUGCUGGGGAGUACAUCGACGCGAGAUGUCCAGUUGUGCGUCCAGUAGACAAUUUUAACUACGCCUCUUUCUCAAACGGAAUAUGGUAUGAAGUAGGCAGGUAUGACAACAGAAAAGAAAAGGGUACCGAGUGCAGUUACUCAAUAUUCACCCCGAUGGGUGAUCGCUUUAAGAUAGAGAAUAUUGGAUUGAGACACAACAAAAAAUACGAAAUUGAUGGAUAUGGAAGACUCGCUCCGGACGCUGGUAGCACAGGAAAACUCAUCUUCACACUGCCAUAUGGAAAGAACGGUCAAAAUACCGAUAACAUUUUGAAUAUCAUGUCCACCGACAACGCAAACUACGCCGUGCUCUACCACUGCAACUAUAAUGAAGAGACCAAGACUAAACAAGGCAAGUCUUAUGUUUUGCUAUUCCUAUACUAAAUGCAAUAAUGUUUGAAAAACAUAUACGUUCUGUUGAA